AUGCUUCGAUUUUGCUUCGGAAGACGGUGCAACACUUGCCGGGGCACCAGAUGUUGCUCCAGUUUUUGUACUAGCCAGGAUAGUUAG